AUGUGUUCAUUUAACCACGAUGAGGCAGAUUCAGAUGGGCGGCCGAAUGAAUUGGCCUGUCUCGUGGGUUUUUUGAAGCUUUUGCUCUAUUGGUUGGCCAACUGUCCACCAGUGCUCUCAAGCUUCGCCACAUCUCCUGUGAUGAUACCUGUGGCCAUGGACCUCACAGCCUUCAGUGGUGCCGGUGCUUUCUAUGGAGUCCAGAUCCAAGGCCUUGCUUGCCUCAUCAUGGGCGCAUGCAUCAUGUCAGAGAGCGAGGCAGUGGAUUCCAUGAGCUUAAUAUCACAGCGCAUCGGAAUUGAGACCUUCCAGCACAAGGUCGAAUGCCUUUGGCGUUCAGAAGCUUUGCAGCGCCCUGCCCGGUCCUUGGGGGAGUUCCGCUGGUUCAACGGUCACUACCGCGGAUUCGUUCGAGAGCAUCAACGCGCUGUUCAACGGCGCAUGGUGCAGCUGUACGUAUCACAAGGUGUAGGUGGCAGUGGACUCAGCGAAGAUGUUGCGGACCACUACAAGCAGCUGAUCAGGGUGCAGGAUGAAGAGCUACGUGAAGUUCGCCAUGAGAAUGAGCAGCUGCGCUCAGAGGUGGAAGCCUUCAUGACUCGCAGCUUGAAGGCAAGCUCCGCCGCGCUGGCGGACAAGGCGUUCGUCUCCAGAGCUGUUUGGAUGUACUUGAUGAAAGCCAUCAUGGGGGGUGCUGCAGCUGGCGCCAUGGACGCUAAUGCAUUCAAUGCUGCAGUUCGAUCGGAUGGCAGCCCUUUGCCGGAGCUCUCGACUUUGACCUACCAAGGCGUUUUCAAUCAGCACAGCUAUCAGACUGGCGGACCUGAGGAGGUGCACAAACUGGCUGUGAGUGCCUAUGCUUCGCGCUUUGAGGAAGAGGGCUCUGCGGGACUUUGGCUCGCUUGCUUUUUGAAGUCCAGCCGAGAUGGACAGCCACGGGACGAGGUGCCCAUGGACCUAAUCGUGGUUUUGGAUGUUUCAGGGUCCAUGAACUGGCCUGUUGAUGGUGCUCUUCGAUCUGGUGGUGUGCCACGAUUGGCCUUAGCCAAGGAUGCCUUGAUGGCUUUGCUUCCCAAGCUGAGACCGGACGACCGAUUUGGUUUGGCAACCUUCUCAAAUGAAGGGCGUGUGAUCCAACCCUUGACCUUUGUAUCAAUACUUCAGCAAGAUGAGCUUCAAGAGCGCAUUGUGGCGUUACAGGCCGGCGGUGGCACAACAAUCUCAGCUGGCUUGGAAGCUGCCGUCCAGAUCUCUGGAGAGACAGACAUCAAGGAAAGACAUCGAAGGCUGCUGUUCCUGACUGAUAUGGAUGACAUGCGACCCGGUCAAUUGGACAAUAUGGUGGCCAAGCAGUCUGAGCGUGGGCUCUACGUGUCAUUUGUUGGGAUUGGACAGAACUUCAAAGCUGAACUAGCGGAACAAGUGUCUAAGCACAGAGGAUCGAACUACUUUUGCAUUACACGAGAUGAGGAGAUGCGCAAGACCAUCGUAGACAAUUUCGAUUGGAACUUCUUUCCAGUGGCUUUCGAUGUUGAGGUCACCCAGCAAAGUGAUUCCUUUCAGCUGGCAUCUGUGUAUGGCACUCCCUUUGAUGCUCGAGAUGAGCUUGUGGAAGCUGAAUGGAUGCCUGAUGUCCAUCGCUUCUAUCCACUGGACUUCAAGUCGACGGUCUCAACCUUUCUUCUUUGUAUACAGAGGCAAUUCCCGGCUGGCUUACCAAUGCCUGCGUUGCAAGGCAUCUUCAGCUUCCUUUCUUCUGGGGUAAGAAGUGUUAUUCGUGUCGAUACCGUGUUUCCCAGCGGCGUGCACGCCGAUGGUGCAGUGGAUGGAGGCCUCAUUCUUUUGCGUCUCCGUGGUGGCAGCGGACAGGUACGUCUGACCUUGCGAUACCAGGCCGGUGAGCGCUGCUUCACCACUUGUCAAGAUGUCGUUGUACCUGAUGAUGAGAGCGUGCCUGAAGCCAUCAGGAAGGGUGUGAUUCUGCAGCGUUACGUGCAGACUUGCAGAGAGUAUCUUAUGCUACGAGAACCGGUUUGCAAAGACUGCGACGGUUUUGAGGAUUAUGCCACUCGGGUGAGGUGUGCUUUCCAGAACUUGGAUGUGUUGGGGCAGGAAUUUGCCAAUGAUGCAGCCAAUGUUGAUGCUCUUUGUCCGGGACUCCGGGAUCAAUUGCACGCUUUUCAAGAAAUGGCCGAGAAACACGCCAAGCGCGUGCUUGAUUCCAAAUGA